CCUUUUCCCUCGUAUAAACUGCGAAGCGUUUGGCUCAGCUCUUGGUAAUCCGGUUAUUUCUGUACAAAUUCCGAUAAAUCCCUCUCCAAAACAAGUCAAAAUGCUGGCUAUGGUCCGGAAACAGCUCAAAAGUCACCCGGCUCUCAUCCCCUUGUUCAUCUUCAUCGGGGGUGGUACUGCCAUGUCCAUGAUUUACCUCGCUCGUCUGGGCUUGAGAAACCCUGAUGUCUGCUGGGACCGCAAGAACAACCCCGAGCCCUGGAAUAAACUGAGUCCAAAUUACCAGUACAAGCUUUUUGCUGUCAACAUGGACUACAGUAAACUCGAGAAGAACCGCCCUGACUUCUAAAAUGUUUCAUCAUUCUGGACCAAAACUGGACUUUAAAUUUGAGCUUAUGCACACAGCUCCUAAUGGCAAAACCACAAAGGUUCUGAACAAACCAGGCUCAUCCGCACAAAUGUUUUAUUUAAUUUAAGGUCAUUUAACCUCAUUGACGUCAUGUCCCUUACCUCCAUUUUGUUUGGGAGUUUGUCAAUAAACGUUGUGACCUCUCAUAA